AUGAAAAAGAGAAGUGAGCACUUGGUCUUUACAUUAAAAAAACAGAACAAAUAUCAUGAAAAGUUGUCAAUAGAAAAAAGUGGACUCAUUGUAAACACAUUAUGGCCUUUCUUGAGAGCCGGUCCUGAUGGUAUAAGGAUUUGCGCUUGCUGCCAAAAGAUGUUAAUUGAAGUUAAAAGCGUGUCUGCAAAGAGAAAUCUCCCUCCACAUUUUGCAGUUGAGGAGAACCUCAUGCUUGUGGAUGGCAAGUAUGAAACUAAAAAAGAACCCAAAUGGAAGUACCAAAUCCAGGGACUGAGGGUCAUUAUCAAGUGA